UGCAUGACGUGCUCAAUUUAGGAAAAUUAGGUUUUCGUGUCGGCUGAUCCAUCAGAAUGGCUGCCGACGAUGUCUCACAGACUUCGGAGCAGCAGUUACGCACGCUUCAAUUCAAGGACAAAGUGUCUCUGCUGAAUAAGGAAUUUAUACGGCAACUGCAGGAAUGGUACAAACAAUGCGCUCAUUAUGAUUUUUCGAAUUCUGUCAAGUCCUAUUUGGAACAUAUGAAAAGACUGGAUGAAAUGUAUUCUGGAAAGCCUUCGGUGAAAUCUACAGAUAAUUCCGCAACUCCGGUAGCAUCGACAUCAACACGGGUGAUAGCAAAGGCUAAGCGUCGGUUAUCUAACGCAGCAAAAGACAGUGAAUUGAACGAUUCGGUAAAGGUCUCAACGCCAGCAGGUGCCCCACCGCGGUUCAGCUUGGGAGGAAACGUAUCGGUAAUCAAGCCAAAUCUGGAUACUACAUUGACGGCAGCAACUCCCAAGGCAAAUGAUGCAGCUGCUACAUCGGGAACGGCUGCUGCUGCUGCAGGUGGUGCUGGUGGAAGGAAACGAGCGAUUCGUGGUGGUGGACCAGCGGGAGGAGCUGAAACGGUAGUGUUCCGCGGUACCGACUCAUCUAGUGUUUCUUCCGUGCAUGUGCCUCUCCCGACAACAAACUUACCGAAACCAACGCCAGGAUUCUGGUCAAGUCAAAAGAAGGACUCUAAUGAGAAUGAGAAUGCGAAGCCACUGAGCAGCGAAUCUAAUAAUAAAGAAGAUUCCAGUAAAGAACAAAACAAGAACUUCUUGACUGUUCCGGCUGUAUCCUUUGGUAAUGGCAAACCAUUCUCGUUUGCUGCAGCAAAAGAUGAUAAGGCAGCAUCUUCGGAGGCUUCGGGUGAUAAGAAGAAUGCUGAUACCACGGAACCAGAAAAGAAAAAACCAUUAACCUUCCCUAGCUUUGGUGCGAAGAAAGAUGAAGAGUCGUCCGAGAAGAAGCCUACGUUAACGUUCCCAACUUUUGGAGCAAAGAAGGAUGAAGAAGGCGGUGAAAAGAAAUCUACAUUGACGUUUCCCUCAUUUGGUGGUGCCAAGGACAGCAAAGAAGGUGAUAAGAAACCAACCCUGACUUUCCCGACGUUUGGAGGCGGAGCCAGCACUACAACAUUCGGAGGUGGAAGCACCACUGCACCCAGCGCCCCUUCCGGUGGUCUGAACUUUUCUUUCGGCACUUUGCCCAAGUCAAGCACGGAAGGAACAGAGUCGAAGGGAGAAGAAGAAGAAUAUGUCCCACCGAAAGCAGAGGUAGUUGAAAAUGAGGAGCCUGGAGCAACGUUUUCAUCGAAGUGCUCCGUAUUCAAGCUUGUUGAGAAACAGUAUACAAAAUUGGGCGUUGGAAUGUUGCAUUUGAAGGAAAUUGAUGGGAAGAAAAGCGUGCUAGUGCGAGCUGCGACCGCUAUUGGUACCGUAUGGAUCAACGCACUAAUGAACAAAACGAUGAAAGUGGCUAAAGCUGACGAGAAGGGAGAGAAAAUCAGAAAGAUUCGAAUUAGCCUUGAAGAAGUUCUACUCAUAUGGCUGUCACCGCGCACACAACUUUGA